AUGGACCAAAUCAGUUAUCUCGAGAACUUUUUCUACUACCCAGACAAACACUCCAAGUCUAGGGAAUAUGCACAACUACGCCAGCAUGUUACGGUUAAGUACGGGGUUGUCCUUGCGUGCUUCAUGGUGAUAUUCUUGGCGGCAUUACCGCUUCAGAACUACCUUCGGGCGAAGGGAUACUGGUUUUUCAACAAAAUUCACAUUCUAAGAACAAUAAACAAGGCAUUAGAACGUGUAUCGCCUCCAGAAACUCGCCAAAAUAGCCCGCGUGCUUCUCUUACAGGAAGACUCUGUGAUCUAGCGUCCAAAUGUGCACACUCCAUAUACUUGAACUCAAGCCCGCUAGUACAAAUUCUACUCUGGUCCUCGGUAUUCUCCACGCUAACUUUGAUCGAGAUCAACGGAGGGGACUUGAUUUUUGUCGGUAAGCGAUUGGGUAGGCUUUGUGCCCAGUCGCUACCGACAGUGUUUUUUUUAACCAUGCGGCCUUCGCCACUUCCUCAUACGUUAUAUUUGUCGCUUCUUCCCAUCCAUAAGUGGCUUUCACGGGCAGUGAUUUUGCUUGCAGCUCUCCACACUAUCAUAUACCUAGGGUAUUUCCUGGUGAAUAGCACAUGGGAUAAGGUAUAUAAAAAGGAGAACCUUUUUGGAUGGGCCGCAAUGUUUGGAUUCAUCAUGAUUAUAUGGACGUCGCUUCUGCGUGUACGUGACCGAUCGUACAAGCUCUUUUUCUUCAACCAUUAUUUCUGGAGUUGGGUCAUUGUUCUCAGUAUCCCAUUUCAUGUCCGUCCCAUUAAUACAUCCAUCGCCAACAUGUUGAAUGUGAUGCUUUUGAUCUACCAGGCGUGUCGCAGAAUUUCAAUGACAAGAGUGUCUUCCGAGCUCGACAUAAAGGUCAACGAUGUUUCUCCCAACUUAGCUUGCAUAGACAUUCCGAAUACUCUCAUUCACACCAGGGCUGUCAACCCUGGUGCUCACGUGCGGAUUACGAAUUACCACCCAAAUCCGAUUGUUCGUUUGGGAAAGCAAUUGAUACCAAACUACCAUCCGUAUACACUUGUAUCCUUACCACUGGAUCGAUACCAGCGACUCGUGGUGCGGAAAAGCUCAUUUCUUUGGAGAAACCGGGGCCGGUACUUGAUUUAUGGAAGUUUUGACCCCAAGCUUCUCUUGAUAAGAUCUAGAAACACUCCUGAUGCUAACUUUUCCAUUUCUAAGUUGAGUGUUAAUGCCAGGAAAAUCUUGAUUGUCAUUGGAGGCUCCGCUAUUUCGUUCGCGAUCCCGUUGGUUAGAGUCGCUAACUACCACGGAAUUCCAGUGAAAGUUGUUUGGGUCAUUCGAGAUUUCAGGGAUAUUGCCGUGCUUCGGUUUUUUGAAGGAAUGAUACACGGGGAUGACUUUGAGAUAUUUGUGACGGGAAACACAUCAAUCCGCGACGGCUUUGACAGCUCCCAAUUACGCAACGCCUCAAGUUAUGGCACAUUUCCUCAUUCUGUGCGUGUCACUUCAUCUGAUUUAGAAGCCAACGAGUUUACACUUUUAGAUGAAGAAGAAAAUAUAGGAAACCAGGAGAGCGAAAAUGUUGAUGUCGAUUUCACGAAUGAGGCCGAAAAUGAUAUUGAAGAAGAGUGUCCGCAAGAAACACAGCAUGUCGUCCCUCAUAUUCAUGCGGGAAUUGAUGAGACUGAUGCUUUGCUCGGUGUAAACGACGAGCGAGGCAUAUCUUAUUUUCCUGGGGAGGAAACCCACUCUAUUACAUCUCGAAGAACCAGCAAGUCUCAUUCCAUCAAUGACCAAUUCGUGCCGCAAUUGGAUGGCGAGGACGAGUGUCAUAAGAAUUACUUGCAAACAAUCAAGAAACUUCACUUGGACUGCCAUAUAUACAAGGGGAGACCAUUAUUGAAUUACCGGUACUACAACUGGUGUGUUAACGAGAGUGACAUAUUCACUCAGUGCUCGGGGCCAGUGAUGGACGAAUCACACAAUCUCCUAUGCUGUAAAGAUCUUCCAGGCCGCCAGCAUGUGAUGGAGGGCGACAAGAAACUACCCGACUUGGGAAAAGUUUGGGUCAUUUCAGCUGGCCCCAAGUCGUUGGUGAAGAAAACAAAGCUUUGGGCUAACGAAAACGGCCUCAAGUAUCAUGAAGAGGCAUUCUACGUUUAA